AUGGGGAACUAUGCUAAUUCCCAUUUUAAACUUCCGGCUUCACAUCACUCUCAGAUUCGCAAGGAGGCCACUAGCUUCUUCUGGGGGGAUGACACAGAUAAAAGGAAGAUCCGUUGGAUUGCUUGGCGCAGAUUAUGUAGAUCUAAAGAUCUUGGUGGCUUGGGUUUUAGAGACCCAGAGCUUCAAAAUAAAGCUCUUCUUUCUAAGAUGGCUUGGAGAUUGUGGAAGGAGCCUGACUCAAUGUGGGGCAGGUUUAUGAAAGCAAUUUACUUCCCCAAUGGGGAUUUCCUUUCUGCUAGAUUGGGAGCUCAACCAUCUUGGCCUUGGAGAAGUCUUUUGGAGGGGCGUAAGGUUUUGAAAGAUGGAAAUGGAAGGAGGAUGUCCUUUCCAAAUACUUCCACCCUAGUGAUAGUGAAGCUAUUCGAAGAAUUCACUUGA